AUGGUGAACGAAAAUGAUAAUGGUGAUGUUUUCCAUCCCGCUGUACAAAACGCAAAUUUAAACGAGAUGCUCCCGGCUUUUCUGUUCGCUGAUCCUGAAUUGUGGUUCUCAUUGGUGGAACAGCGUUUUAGAGGAUUGCAAUUGACAAAUGAAAGUGACAGAUAUACAUGUGUCGCGAACGCGUUGGACCCAAAGGUUGCAUUAGAAGUGCGUGAUGUAAUUGUUUCUACUCCUCCCAAUAAUCCAUAUACUAUAUUAAAAGCGCAAAUACUCAUGCGGUUAAGUGCAUCUCAAGAAGAAAAAACUAGGCGGUUAUUAGAAUUGGAAGAAAUGGGCGACAGAAAACCUUCGCAGUUUUUACGUCAUCUCCAAACUCUCGCGGGUACUACUGUACCGGACGCGAUGUUACGAACGCUGUGGAUGCAUCGCCUUCCGAAUAGCGCGCAAGCAAUUUUGGCCGCCCAACAAGAGCUUCCCUUGGAAAAGAUCGCGGAAUUAGCAGAUUCAAUUAUUGAAGUCAAUGCUCGAAGUCGUCCAGCUGUUGCAGAAGCAUCCAUAAACACUGCUUCAGUUGAUAUAAUUUUACAAAAAUUUGAUCAAGUAGUAGCCACGAUGACAGCAAAUAUGGGGGCGAUGAAACUUCAGAUUGCAGAGUUACAAAUGAAAGUUGACAAUAACCGAUCGGGACAUCCAGGUAGAUCACAUUCUCGGGGACGUUCACAAUCUCGCGGAAGAAGUGCAUCAAAUGGUGUGUGCUGGUAUCAUAGUCGUUUUCGUGAAAAGGCGACAAAGUGUUUGAGACCGUGUACGUUUAGCGCGGGAAACGAGAUGGGCAGUCGUUAA